GUAUUAUGCAAGAGGAGAUGCUGAAAAUGCAAUGCGAUACAUCAAUGGAACCAGACUUGAUGAUAGGAUCAUAAGGACAGACUGGGAUGCAGGAUUUAAGGAGGGUAGACAGUAUGGUCGUGGAAGAUCAGGGGGCCAGGUCCGAGAUGAAUAUCGACAAGACUAUGAUGCCGGAAGAGGUGGCUAUGGCAAAACUGUUCAAUGCCAGUGAAUAGUGAGUGACUCAUCAGCCUCCCAGGAUAACUAAAUCUACAUUGUAAAUGUCACCUGGCACAAAGUAGGUUUGUUGCACACAAAUUAAUGUAGCUAGAAAUUGACAGAAGCUACUGUCUGUGUUCCUGUGAUCACAUAGUAUGUUCAAUCUCUCUUCCGUUUUAAUACCAGGA